AUGGAUGCCGAAAUCAUCAUAAUCGGUGCAGGUAUCUUCGGCCUCAGCACGGCUUAUCACUUAGCCCAGCGCACCUCUGACCCUUCUGCCAUCAUCGUGCUGGAUCGUGCGCCCCCACCGUCGAAAAGCGCCGCCUCUACAGAUCUCAACAAGAUUGUGAGAGCGGACUACUCAAAUCGAUUAUAUACAGAACUCGGACUUGAGGCGAUUGAGGCAUGGGAAAAUAACCCGAUCUUCAAGAAUGGGGGUGUUUAUCAUCAAACGGGAUGGAUUAUGUGUGACGAGAAGGGGAGUGAUCUUGGACAGCGGAUUCGCAAGAACUUCCAAGCCAUUGGGCUUGACCCGAUGCAAGAACUGAGCGAGGACGAUGUUCGCCAGGAUUGGGGUGGUCUGUUGAAAGACGCGGAUCUCAGUCCAUUUGGGUCGUUUUAUUGGAAUCCUCUCGCUGGAUGGGCGGAUGCCGGUCGUGCGUUGGAGAUAUUGGCUCGCGAAAUCAAGGCGAUGGGCGUGCGGUAUAUUGUUGGCGAGGCGAAUCGACUCAUACUGGGAGAGAAUGGGGUGAAAGGCGUUGAGACUAAGUCCGGCGACAAGUUGACCGCAGAGAAGGUCCUUCUUUGCACCGGGGCUUGGACAAGCGCACUGAUGUCAUAUACCGAGGAUGCUCUCGAAAUUUCCAGUGAGGAUCGUAUUGAGGCUCAGAUGACAGCGGCUGGCGUUUGCGUCGCACAUGUACAACUCUCAGAGGAACAAACUCAGUACAACAGGUUGCCGGUUUACGUCUAUGGCGGACAAGGGGAAACCAUUCCUCCUACGCGUUCUGGAAUUCUAAAAUUUACCAGCUCAUCCUCCUUUCGCAAUACCAUUUCCACACCAACAAAUCACGCUAUUUCUGUCCCAACAGAAAACCAGUCAGAUGCCCCGAAGGGUUUACGCGAUGAAUGCCUCAACGCCAUCCAAGCUCGUCUACCCCAGAUACUCUCAAAUAACCGCCCAGUCGAUUACUAUCGCCUCUGUUGGGAUGCGAUCACACCAGACCAACACCCCUUGAUAACGCAACACCCACAUCCUCAUUUAUCCAACCUGUACCUAGCCGCGGGUGGUUCGUUCCACUGCUGGAAAUUCCUACCAACAAUUGGUAAAUACGUCACGAACGUCCUCGCAGGGAUCAGCAACGGGGCCGACCGUGAUGCGGCAUGGGCAUGGAAGUACGAGGGAACAAAAAGCAAGGGCGGGGUGCAUUCCAAGUUGAAACCGGACAGAGAACUAAGGGAAAUCCACUGA